CUCAUCGUCCGAGGGGGUGUCUGUUAGUACGAUGAGAAACAAACUGAGUGAAUAGCUGGCUUCAUUCAGUACUUCACUGAACUAUCUGUUAUAAUUAUGAGAUAUAAUUCUUACUCUCACUGUGUUUUGAAGUGAGUUAGAUGACACUACCUAUCUCAUACUGCCUGCCCUCACCCAUUGCUAUCCCCAUGUAUGCUUUAAUGAAGCAUAUACAUUUUCCCUUCGAAUUGUCUUCCCCGUCUCAUUUCUCUGAUCUCCUCUACUGCUUCUACUCAUUGCGAGCGCUGCCAAACGUAUAUGGAUGAUUUUAAUUUGUCGCACAAUUAGAGAGCUUUUUACCCACUUGGUUCAUUUGUUUUCAUCUGUUUUUUUUCUGAAUAGGUUUCAAGACAAGUGAGCGUCUCGUCUCCUAAGGAGAGUGCACACACACACACACACACACACACACACACACACACACACACACACACACUGCUCACUGGAUCUGAUCCUAGGAACCACUAACGAGAGAGGAGGGGGGGAAAGAGGGGGAGAGUACCGCUAAAUCACUUGGAUGAACGGACAGAGUGUGAAAACCAGAGCGAGGUGGAGAGAAGGGAUUUACUGCUGGAGCACUCAUUGAGGAGUAGAGGGAGUGAGUGUGUUGCAUGUUAUAGAGGUUGAGGUGUGAGCUCUGACAGGAGAAGGGUUAGCAGGCUCAGAGCAGACUGAGUGGUGACAUUCACUCUGCUGUCAUUUUCCAUUUUCUGCUUAUUCAGAGUGACAGUGAGUGCAUACAUUGUCAUACUGUCUGCUGUCUAUUGCAGUUCUCUGUUCGGAGGGUAUGGGACUGACUACCACUACACCCGAGUGAGGACUGUUCCAGACUCUCUCUGUCCAGAGGAGCAUGAUGACUACUUUCCCCAAUGAGACAGGCUUCUCCUCCCUCUCUCCAACAUACUCCCUCUCCUCUCCCACACCGUCCCUCACCUCCAACCCUUUCUCUUCCUUCUCCCUCUCCACCUCCUCCUUCUCUCCGUCCAACUGCUCCAGCUCUCCGUUGCUCUCCUCCCCUCCCUAUAACUUCUACGCUGUGCUGCUGGUGCUGCUCAUCUUUUGUGUGGUGUUCGGCAACGUGCUAGUUUGUGUGGCGGUGUCGCGCGAGCGCGCCCUCCAGACUACCACCAACUACCUCAUUGUCUCCCUGGCCGUGUCUGACCUGCUGCUGGCCGUCCUGGUCAUGCCCUGGGGCGUCUACCUGGAGGUGGUAGGGGAGUGGCGCUUCAGUCUCAUCCACUGUGACAUCCUCCUGACCCUGGACGUCAUGAUGUGUACUGCCAGCAUCCUCAACCUCUGUGCCAUCAGCAUCGACAGGUACAUGGCGGUGGCGAUGCCCAUGCUGUAUAACACCAGAUACAGCUCCAGGAGGAGGGUGGCUCUGAUGAUUGCUGUUGUGUGGUUCCUCUCCUUCGCCAUCUCCAGCCCUCUGCUGUUUGGACUCAACAACACAGCCAGUCGGGAGGAGACCAAGUGUGCCUUCGCUGACCCAUCCUUCGUGGUCUACUCAUCCGUGGCCUCCUUCUACGUUCCGUUCAUCGUGACCCUGCUGGUGUAUGCCCAGAUCUGUGUCGUGCUGCGGAGGCGGGGCCGACGCACCGUGCCCCGCAGACACGGCCUGCACCCACAGGGAGGAGGCAAGACGGGGGAGGGCCACAGGCACAGAAAGAAUAAGUGUACCCUCCCUGAGGAUGUGAAGCUGUGCACGCUGAUCACAAGGCCCCCCACCACCGCCCCCCAACGCAAGAAAGUGACGUUAGUGAAGGAGGCGGUGGUGCACCCCCUGGAGGAGGAGCCGGUGGGAUGUGGUUUCCUGUCCCAGUUAGACCAGAGCCUCCCCCCGCCUCACCCUUCUCACCGCCCUCCCCCCUCCGGACGAGCCACCAAGAUCUCCCUUUCUAUCUCUGUGGUACCCGCACCCUUCCCGUCACCGUCGGUGGCACCACGCUCCGCCCUCGUACCCCGCCGUGCCACCUUCGAGGAUGGCAUGAGUGGCCGCGAGCGAUGGAGGGAGCGCAAUGCAGACAGGGAGAAGGGAGCGAUGCAGAAGGAGAGGGUGAAAGGGACUCUGUCGCAGCAGAAGGAGAGGAAGGCGACCCAGAUGCUGGCUAUUGUGCUGGGUGUGUUCAUCAUCUGCUGGCUGCCCUUCUUCCUGACCCACGUGCUGAAGGCCCACUGUGGCAGCUGCUGUAUCUCCCCCUCUCUGUACAGUGCUGUCACCUGGCUGGGCUACCUCAACAGUGCCGUUAACCCCGUCAUCUACACCACCUUCAACAUCGAGUUCCGCAAGGCCUUCAUCAAGAUCCUAAACUGCUGAGUACAGGGAGGAAGGGGAUGGGGGGAGAGUGGGAGAAAGUGUGAAAAGUGUAGUGGAGAGAGGCAAAAACAAGGUCAGAGACUUGCAAUAAAACUAAAGAAGGGAAAGAGAGGGGUGAAAACAAAGACCAGAAGGGAAUGGAAGGAGAGAUGGAGGGGAAGAGGGGGACAGAGAGAGAGAGUCCCCAAAAAAUUGAACAGGUCAAACAGAAGAGCAAGUGAAGCAAGACCGAUAUACCAAAUCAAAACAGACUUGGGAAUUAUAAAGAGGUUAUGUACACUUCUGUAAAUCUAAAACAUAGCAGGGAGAGAGUAAUAUUCUGAAGGUUCUAUGGGAAGAGAUGGGGUAGGGCACAAACAGUGGCAGAAGACUGUCCCACUCCUUAUGGGGAUGACUAAGUAAGUGUAUUAUUCUCUGAUAGCCCUCUGAAGUGUACUGUCUGCAGACAUUGUAAUUUAAUUAACAGAGUUAAAACAGGACAGAGGUCCUAUUUUAAGGAGAUGCACAAUUGUUCUCCAAUAGCAGUCUUGUUGCGUCGUCCCAGUGUAAACAUGCCUGUAAGAGAUGUAUUAUAUUAAGAAUAUGUUGGUGAAGAUAUGAUGCCAUAAUAACAUGGUGAUAUGAUGCCAUAAUAACAUGGUGAUAUGAUGCCAUAUGAUGAGCGACUAAUCAAGGUUUGUUCAUGAGGUAUAUGUAUAUAUUGUUGUUUAGAGUGUGAGCUCUAAAUAUCUGUAUUACUGUUAUUGUACAGGUAAAUGUAAUAAAUUAUGUUCUACUCAUAUUGCUAGUCUAUUUCAAGUUUUCUGUACUGCAGGGUUGGGGUCAAUUUGAAUUGAAGUCAGUCAAUUCUGGAAGUAAAGAUAUUUUCCAAUUGAUUAAUAACGCAGAAAAAAGUUGUUUUCAUUGGCAACUUAAUCUAUGCUUUGGAUUUUAAAUUCAAAUCACUUCCUUAAUUGACUGACUUCAAUUCAAAUUGACCCCAGCCCUGCAGUACUGUACUGGUCAAAAAAUAGACAGAAAUGGAUUAAUUGACUAACUUGUUUAAAAUACAUUUGCUCUCUACGUUGAUCUCUGGCUCUUCUCUCAUCGCUUCUUUAACCCCUCUGGUGGUGAAGCAGUGUGGAUGCUCCCCGUGUUUGUCUGCCAACACCUGUCUGCUACAGUAACAUGAGAGGCCAAACAAAUGCUGCUGAUGUGAAACAGGACACA